CCUCGUCCUAAUUAACUCGGGUUACAGGAUUAAAACAAGUCGUCAUCUUAUUUGUGUACGAAACAAGUCGACUUGCCGAGUUCAAACUACUGGUCUUCUCGUCCUUCACCUUGUCUCCUCAUCUUAGUCCUCUUAUUUCGUAAUCUCGUCGGCACUUUUAAGCUACCUUAGAUAUAAUCAAAUCCGUAUGAACUAAAAUCUGUUUGUAUUGCAGCUUCGUCAACUCCAUCACCGGUUAGGAGCAUGUCGUGGAUUAUCCCUGUAACGUCUGCUCUUGUUGUCUUCUUCGUUGUCAUUCUGGUUGUUCUAAUUGUGCUGUAUUGCUAUCGGCGAAGGAACCAAGCAACCAAACCAGAAGAGAAGGUGGUCCCACGAAAAGGAGCUUCGAAAUCUCUUGCAGGCGAUUCUGAAGUUCAAUAUUCAUACCCGAAGCUACCUGCAGACUCGGAGUGCUACUCUGAAAUUAGUAACGGCCAACAGCCCCUAAAGGUUGUUACCAUAGGUGGUAAUGGAAAAACCAAAAGGAACGUUGGUCUACACGACAAUCAAGGCCCUAAUUUGUCGGCGGCUGCUGGUUUCAAGGUAAAUAACUCGAACAGUGCCGUGUGUUCUAAUCUUGUCAAGAACUCAGUAUACGAAGGCCGCGAUCUGAUUCCUACACGAGGCACAGGUGAUGCCAUCGAUUCUGUCAUCAGCAGUCCUCUGUAUGAGGAAGCUCUCGACAAUCAAUCACAGUCGGCGCCACCAGAUGAUCUGAUAGACAAUCCUUUAUAUGGAGGCAAGAUGGACGAACCCGAUGGACAGGUGCACAAUGGGCUCCCAGGACCACCACCUACAGGUGACCUUAUAGAUAAUCCUUUGUAUGGAGGACAGAAUGAAAGACCUACUGGGCAGGGAUUUAGCACUCGAUCAGAAGCUGAUACACCAGAUGAUCUUGUAGACAAUCCUUUGUAUGGAGAUCAGAGCGGCAAUCUUGGUGAUGACGGAUUUAGUACUCAACAGGGAUCAGCAGCCACAGACGAGCUCAUAGACAAUCCGUUGUAUGGAGGCCAAAGUGGCAAACCCGAUGGACAGGAGUCCAGUGAGCUACCCGGAUUCCCGCCUAAUGAUGACCUUAUAGAUAAUCCCCUGUACGGAGAUGGAUGUGACGGACCCGUGGGGCAGGCACUCAACAAUCAAACAGAAUCGGUGCCAACGGAUGAACUUAUAGACAAUCCUUUGUAUGGAGACCAGAGUGGCAAGCUUGGUGAUGACGGAUUUAGUACUCAACAAGGAUCAGCAGCCACAGAUGAGCUCAUAGACAAUCCGUUGUAUGAAGGCCAAAGUGGUAAACCCGAUGGACAGGCGUCCAGUGAGCUACCCGGAUUCCCACCUUCUAAUAAUGACCUCAUAGAUAAUCCUCUGUACGGAGAUGGAUGUGACAGACCUGUGGGGCAGGGACUCAACAAUCAAACAGAAUCGGUGCCAACGGAUGAACUUAUAGACAAUCCCUUGUAUGGAGGCCAAAGUGGGAAAUUCCAUGGAUAUUGAUUCAACCGACAUCUAUGAUGGGUGUCAACAGGUCUCGUACAAAAUCCGCUCCUGGCGUCUCCUUGAUUCUACUGGGAUCGGUCCGAAAGAGUUCAAUGGGGACUAGGAUUCAAGGGAGCACCGAGUUCGGUGCCAUCACCUAACCUCAAACCUUAGGCAACCAACUGCAUAUACGGACUGAUACCCCACUUUGUAAGGAUUGAGACGGAACCACAUCCAUUGCUCUAAUAAAAAGGUGGAGCAUAUAAGGACGUCAAUUAUCAUAUUUAGACAGUAGACAGCAUUAAUCAAAGUCAAGCAUGGACAACAGCAAAAUGUUUUAAAUAUUUUGCAUUUUGCUAAGAUCUUUCUUUCUUGUUCCUUUUUGUUUUGUUUUGUUACACUAUUACUUUGAGACUCUUCGGCUUUUACCGUCUAUACUAUUCAUUAUUUGUGAUCAUAACUUUCUAGCGUGUUUUUUGUCAAUGUUGUACAUGUCUAUAUAUAUAUAUUUUGCACAAUGAUUUAGAACGCUAUUGAUAAUUUGUUAUACGGAUGUUAAACUUUAAUCUGUGCGUCCGUUGUACAUAUUUAGAUUAGGUCAUUUAAGAAAUAUAUGUAUAUACACAUACAGAUUCCCUGUGGAUAAUUAAUAGUUUUGAAAGAGACAAAGUACAUUGUAAGUAAUUGCAACAACAAAAACAAAAUCUAUUUUUAUCCUGGUCUCUACUUCUCCUGGGAUUGUACAUAAGCUUACAAUUAUAUAUAUAUGUGUGUAUGUUUUGUUUAACUUAGUAUGUAUAUCAUGUUAAUCGUUAAUGUAUGUUUCUUUGUAAAAAUUUUGAUUGCCUUUUAUACGCACGGCCAUGCUGAAGAACAGCCAUUGGCUGAAGUAUGCCACCGUGCUAAAAUAAAAUAAACAAACAAACAAACAAACAAAC